GAGUCGUCAACGGUGCUCACAAGUCUUUACUUUGAGCUGCAUGCUGGCACGCGUGCACUGUGGCAACGUACCUUUGACUCCCUUGAGCCACGCGAUCGGACGCGCUUCACACGCUUCGUUCUCCUCAUUCCGCCAUUGCCACCACCUCUUGCCGACGACCCACCAAUGGUCCAAACCACCGAGAACGACGAGGCCGUGACGCCCAUCAGUGUUCUUGACACGCUCGUGCAUCUCCCGGUGGUUGCACUGCGGCGCUUACUGCAGACGACGGACGAGUGGACGCAAAACGAUGUGGUGCUCGUCGCGUACACGCUUCGUCGUCUCCACCCGCUGUGCGUCGACGCCUUCUUGACGCUCUUGUGGAUACCGCCGACGACGCGUGAGCUUCUCUACGUCGUGCUCAACGACACGGUCGAUGACGAGCCGGUGCAACUCUUACAGACGCUCGUCGCGCUCGUAAAUGAUGCCGAUGCGACGCACGGUGUGUCCCUGCACCGUGUCCUCUCGUUCUUUAGCACAAUUGACGCCGAGCACGCGCGGAGCUUCUUUCGCAAUGUGCUCACGACCGAAAUCGUGUUCAAUGUGCAGCUGCUGGGCUUUGUCUUGUCGCCGCCCCAGGAGAUGGUGCCCAUGGCGUGUCUCCGCCUGCUCUUGCACCUUCCGUCGCUCGCGCAUGCCCAGCUGCUUCAAAUGCUCUGCGACCCGGCGCGGUCGCCGUUGAACCUGCUCGUGUGGAGCGACCUCCUCCUCGCCGUCUCGAGCGUCACGGCGGCGACGGUACUGGCGAUCGUCCAGCCACUUGCACCCAGUGCAAUGGCAAACGUCUUUGGCUACCUGCAUACCCUCAACGACGAGGCCGAGUCGCUGCUCUUGAUGGACCUCUUUGUGCAACACCCCGUGGCCGACGUGCUCACGUUUCUCGAGCUCGCGAACGGCAUGACAAUGAGCGCGCUCAAGGAAUUGAAUCUGUUUCUGAGUCGCCUCGACUUGCUUCGACAGUCGCUCGUGCUACCGCUCUUUCUUGACCCAAGGCGCGCGAUUCUGUCUCGACUUAUCGUGUCGUGCAACACGUUGGAUUUGGUCGCAAUUGGCGAUGUCUUUGUGAGUCUCACGCCGCAUACGUGGGAGACGCGGUCGCUCAUCAUCGAGCAAGUGCGCAUGCUCGAAGACCCGAGCGUGCUCUCGCAGUACUUGGCGCUGCACAAGCAAGCGAGUAGUACCCCGAACCUUCUCGCACCGCUCGCUGCAUACGCCUCCCUCGCGAGCCACUGCGGCAAGACCGUGCACCUUGUCUUUAUCAAGGCGCUCACGCGGCUGCCGCCGACCGACCAAGCCGGGCUCAUUACGCUGCUGACGACCACGGGUCGCCCGCUGUCGGCCCCAGUGUUGGGAACAACAGCGCGACCGCCCGAGUAUUGGCCCGACGACAUGCUCGCGCACUGCUGCCGCGUCUUGAGCGCCUACUCGGACAAGGUUGCGAUUGAGAUUUUGCGCACGCUCCAGCACGUACCGAGCAGCUACCACAAGGAGAUUCUGGCAACGUGCACCGAGCUCACGGCCGAGACUGCAUUCCUCAUUCACAUGAUACGGCUCACGGACGACGCCGAUGUCGUCUUGGCGUGCGACUUGGUGUAUCGGCCGCCUCUGGCGCCGCACUUGGUGCCCGUGGCCACGCAAUGUCUUCAGAAAAUGCUCAAAGUGUACUCACUCCACGCCGCACUCUUGCAGCUGCGCGCGAUGCCUUCGCUGCCCGCAUUUUUGAGCUAUUUUGACGCAGUGCCAUACAAGAUGCGGCUUCUUGCAACACUCGCCGACUUUGGCCAAGUGGCCAUCCCGCUCCUCGCACUGCUUCGCAUUUUGGACCCGGACGAUGCGAGCUACCUCUUGCAUGUGCUACCCGGUCUCCCGCUCGACCGGCGCACGCGGUUUGAAGCCCAGCUCGUGCUUGAACCCAUUCCCCCCAUCUUGUCGGCCGAUGAAAAAGCCAACUACUUUGGCAUUCUCGAAGGCAACGAGCGCACUCUCGAGUCGAAUGCAGCUCCGGAAAGAAGUGGUGUCCGCCUCGUGACGGCUUUGUCCGACCUUUUGCCCGACGUUCCGCCGUGGGAGCCCGACCAGCUCGAGCAACACACGUUGGCCGCCAAGCCACUCAUGGUGCGUCAUCUCUCGUCGGCCGUACCCAAGGCGCGGCUCCCACGUCUAAGUCCCUCGGAGAGUACGCUCCGGAGUCCGAGCAACCAAGUCGUUUUGAGCGCACCGGUCGAGCAUCAACAGAUACCGGCCGACAAGACAGCAGUCGACACGAUACAUGACUCGCUUUCCAUCGAGCCAAGCCCGGUCGACGACGAGAAGGAAGACACGUAUCCGGCGGCGCCAACACCGCGCCUCAAAGUGCGACCCGAGGCGUGGCGGCGCCCCGCGGUGGCCGCCCCUUUGCGCUUGGCGUUCGAGCCCGCGCACUUGCCGCCGCUCGUCGCGCCCCGGGUGUGCACGGCAUCACCCGAGCGCCGUCGUCGCGGGCUACUGCUCGAGCUCGUGCCCGACACUGAAGUGACCGACCUGCACCCGCGCCGCCGCCCGCUCACGACGCCAGGGUCCCCGUUCGCAGCGAUCGCCAAGGACCCGAACCUCACGACAUGGCCACCAACACGCAUCCGAGUGGCAAGAACGCCGGAAGCCAAGCAGCUCGUCUUUGAGGCGCGCAUCCGCAAGUCCAUGGGCACAGCGUCCAUGCCAUCGCUGCUGCCAUCGGCGUCGCCGCACCCGCGCCCGCGAGCGCUGCCACACAAGACGUAGCAUCAACCUAGCUUCACAACGGUGUCCGGUAUGGUGUCAUAUUGUCAUCUAGUUAAUGGACUACAUCUGGAGCACAUGGCAG